AGAACAGCACAAUCGCUGGGAUAUUAUUAUAAGACUUACCAAAAACGAAGAGACGUCCCACACCAUUCUGAAUGAAAACACACACACGCCACUCUGUAAAAAAAUGAGGCAGUUUAGCGUGGAGAAUGGCUUCGUAACAGAAGAAGAAGAACUUUACAGAAGAACUUUACAUUCUUAUGUAAGCCUAAUCUAUCAUAUGUUAAUAACACCGAUGGCAGUUCAAGGGCAUUACCAGGCUUAAUCGAUAGCUGGUAUCGAUCUAUUAGCAUAUCGCUGUGAAGGUAAACAAUGUUUAAUUCUAAGAAAAUAAACCUCAUUAGAGCAAAUAGAGAAACCUAAUUGGCAUUAAAAAAAGAGUAUCAAACCAAUAGCAUAGCUGGAAUUGAAUUGCCCCCAGAUUGAACUCCCACCAAGGCAGAGUUCAGCGCUUUGGAUUGAAAGGGGUCGAUGGAUGGAUGGAUCGUCGCAGACACGAAGCGAGUCGAACAAUGCGGCGUUUGACAAAACUCUAUGCGAAAAGACAGACAGCAGCAGACUGCAGCAGCAGCAACAACAACAAUUGAAAUGUAAACGAAACGAGGUGCAAUUACAACGGCAACGAGCGGCAAGGCAACUGCGGAUGCAAAAACCAAAGUUCCACAACAUUGAAGUCGCAGCCGGCAGCGUCAACGGAUAUGGCAACGAGGCGACUGGAGCUUGUGCAGUUGCAGCAACGAGAGCAUCUGCAUCUGCGGCAUAGAUGCCAGCUGUUGGCGGUGGGCAGCCGUGGAAGGUGGCAAGUGAAUAAAAGACACCGCUGCACCAUCGAGUGGCAUCAGUUGCAAGCAGCAAGUCGCCGAGACCCACCACCAAGGAUUAACCACCCACAACAUGAUGAAACUGCUACUGUCGCUAAUCUCCAUGUGCGCACUAGCUGCGGCACGUCCUGGCUUCCUGCACGGCCACCAUCAUCACUAUCCGGAAUACCCCAUAUACCCCCACCACCACCACCAUGUGGAGCCCCUGCAUGUGGCCAAGAUCGUGCACCUGCCCGCCGCCGUCUCCCACCAGAGCUCGACGGUUGUGCACAGCGUUCCCCAUCACAUCAUCAAGCCAGUGGUGCUGCCUACGGUGGUGAAGACUGUGGUGCAUCCUCCCAUCAUCAAGGCCUACCACCCGGCUCCCAUCUUCAACGCCUACCAUCCGUACGAUCCCUUCCAUCUGCACCAUCACCAUGACUUCCACGACUUCCACGACUACCAUCUCCACUGAUAGCCGCGCCGCCACUCUGACUGCUGAAUGAUCGCGAAUGAUGAAUGAAAACUGAGAAUGCAGAACGAAGAACGAAAAACGAUAAACGAAGAGGAUGCUACAGAUACUGCCACUGAUGAAUGAUGAUGGAUGCUGUGAUGUAUGUGUGUGUCGCUGAUUGCUGAUUGCGAUGCAAACUGCUGGAUGGAUAUGCUACUCCCACUUUCUAACUACAAUUAAUAGUGUUGAUUAUGUGUAUAUAAAAGAUACAA